AUGUCAUUAGAACACCAUUUUGGUGAUGGUUCUGACGAUAAUUAUGUAGCCAAAGUUCCUAUAAAAGCGGAUUUUGGAGAAGAGACGACGAAUGCGUCGAUAGCUCUAUCCCAGCAUGAAACCAAGGACGUCCUCGUGAAAACAGAAAAUAGUACGGAAACACUGGACAAACUUCAGUCCUCGCCUUCUUCGUCUGCUACAGAAACGGAUGAAGAGCUCUUGGAGCACGCAGCAAAGCAGCAUGCCGUUGAUAAACCCAUACUUACUACUACGAGAAGACUAAAACGUCCAUCACCAAAUCAAAAUGGAUGGAAUGCUGAUCAAAAACCACUCUACUGUGUAUGCCGAAAACCGGAUGAUGGUCGGUGGAUGCUAGGAUGCGAUGGUUGCGAGAAUUGGUUUCAUGGGUCUUGUGUCGGGAUUCCCGAGACUUUUAAUGACUUAGUCCUGCAGUAUUUUUGCCCAUCAUGCACGAAAAACGGACUGGGUGUUACCGCUUGGCGGAGGAAGUGUCGUCUUCCUUCCUGUAGUCAGCCUUCACGGGUCGACAUCCGGUCCAAAUAUUGUUGCGAUGCACACGGUCUCGAGUUUUUUCGACAGCAGGUCCGAAAAAGCCUCAUUGACGCAUCUACACUUAAGACACUUGCUAUGCAUGUGCAUGAUGCGAAAGAGCUACGAAAGUUGGGUACAGAAACUCCUGCCUAUCCGGACCCAGUACCGGCAGAUUGUGUUCGUGAGUUUGAGAAACAGGAGAUAGCUGCACUGGAUUCGCGAAUUGAGACUAUCGAUGGCGAGUUACAGUACCUACAGCGUAAGAUGGCUUUGCUUAAAUUUAUGAAAGAGCAAGCGCGCAGACUGUCGGAGGAGCACAAGACUAAAAAUGCAUCUAAGCGCGAUCUGUGUGCAUACGAUGUUCGUUUGUCUCUCCAAGAUGACGAACUUGAAGUCUAUAUGCAGUCAAACAAUGUCGAUGAUUUAGCUGCUAUUCCUUUGGAAAUGGCAGCGGAAUCUGGCAUCUGCAUUUUGGAAAAGAACCGAUGUGCGAAACAUUCGGGUUGGCAAGCUAUGUUUUCAGAUGAUAUUCAGUGUCAGUUUGAAGUUGCUAAUAACAGGAAAACUGUGCUGCAGGCCAAGAAAUUAGAAAUCCAUGAGCGUCAACGCCAACGUUCCAUACUGGACGUUGAACAUGAAGGCCAUGCUGAAUUCCUGCGACCACAAUUAGCGUCUAUGGAUAUGGAUCGGCUGUUAUCCAGCACAUUUUAG